GUCCAACGUUAUUGAGGUUUGAGAACAAGAUGUGUUGAUUCCAUUUUUGAAGGAAGGGAAUGAAGUGAUCUUGGUUUUGUUGGUGGAAAUGGGUCGGGGGCGAGUGCAGUUGAAGAGGAUUGAGAACAAGAUCAACCGCCAAGUUACUUUCUCUAAAAGAAGGUCCGGUUUGCUGAAGAAAGCCCAUGAGAUUUCAGUUCUUUGUGAUGCCGAAGUUGCUCUUAUUGUCUUCUCCACCAAGGGCAAGCUCUUUGAAUACUCCACUGAUUCUUGCAUGGAGAAAAUCCUGGAGCGCUAUGAAAGGUACUCCUAUGCAGAAAGGAGACUUAUUGCAAAUGAUAACCAAUCAAAUGGAAAUUGGAGUCUUGAACAUGCAAAGCUGAAAGCCAGAGUAGAGGUUCUACAGAAAAACCACAGGCAUUUCAUGGGGGAAGAUCUUGACUCCUUGACUCUAAAAGAGCUUCAAAAUACUGAACAACAACUUGAUUCUGCACUCAAACAAAUAAGAGCUAGGAAGAACCAACUCAUGCAUGAAUCCAUUUCAGAGCUUCAGAAAAAGGACAAGGCCCUACAGGAGCAAAACAACAUGUUAGCCAAGAAGAUAAAAGAGAAGGAAAAAGCACAAGCUCAAAAUCCACCAUCGGAGCAGGAGCAGCAGUAUAGCCAUGGCGUUUCCCCGCUUCUCCUCCCUCAGCCAUUCCCAUCUCUUGCCAUGACCACGACGUUGUUGCCCUUACCCAUCCCACAGCACGAGAGACAAAGACGUGGCUGCCAACUACGAUAGAUCGGCAGCCCUCCUGCUGCCGUGGAUGCUCGGGCACCACCUUGGUGACUAACAUGAUACACACACAUAUGAUAUGAUAAAAGACGUAUAAUUGUAAAGCCCUGCAUGUAAGAUAUGAUAUGGUAGCAGUAGAACCUAAUUGUUCGGGUGUAUGAAGCCUUUGGAUUGGAUCCUUUGAAAGUUGUAGGUUUUAGUAAGCCAUAAUUAAGAAAAAGAGUACAAUGGGAAAGAAGCAUGCAGGCUUUUUGGCUCCAAAAUGAGACAUUAUGACUGUAUAUACAUCUGUAACUCUGCCAGUUUUAGUAUAAUAAACAAAAAACAAGCUUAUUGCA